AUGCCCUCUCCGCAGCCGCACUCGGUGGCCUCCGAGCUGCUCGUGAAGGACAGCAUCCUCGUUGUUCCGGCGCCACCCCUGUCCAUUGCCACAGUUGGAGAUGUAGUGUGGAUCGCCUUCUCGGACGGAAAGGUUGAGGUGCGCAACUCGCGCACCGGUGAGGUGGUGCGCCGCUUUGAGCCAGCCAUAUCUGCAGUGCCCACAUCUGCCCUCACUGGCUCAGCUGCCAUCGGUGUCGGGGGUUCUACUGGCAUGCUCGCGCUGCUGAAGCAACACAGCAGUGAGAGUGCCGCGACCACGCACACCACCAACAGCGCCACUAUUGUGUGUGCACUCCUCGCGGUACCGACGGUGGACGGCGACACGCAUGUGUGGAUGGGCCUAUCCAACGGCUGUAUUGAGGUGCACGAUGGUAGCACGUUUUCUAGCAGCAGUGGUGAGACCGCCGUCAACGUGUCGAAUCGCCCUUCCCCACACGGCCUCAUCGCUCUACUGCGCAAACAUACAGCAGCCGUGACGAGCCUCGCAGAGUUCGGCGGCUAUGUCUACUCGGGCAGCGAAGACCGCCAGAUUCUGCAAUGGCGUGCGUGCCGCCUCAUGUGCGCUCGUCUCUUCAGCAGUCACUGCCCGCAUGAUGGGUCGGUACGCUGCUUGUACGCAGAGGGCAGCACACUUGUCUCCGGAUCCGACGACUGCACGGUGAAGGUCUGGGACAUCGGCGAGGGUACUAUGCGGCUGACAGGGUACUUCCACUCGCAAAGCGGUGGGGUGCUGGCACUGUGCCGUGUUGGGGAGCUCAUGUGGUCUGGAGACGCGUCUGGGCAGGUGGUGCGGUGGCAUCUUCGCACCUGCGAAGCAGUUGGCAUCCACGUCCCGCACAGUGGCCGCGUGCUGUCGCUCUGCCGCGUUGGACAUCGGGUCUAUUCCGGCUCCUCGGAUGGCACCAUGGGCAUUUUCGAUGCUGGUAGUGGGCAGUUGCUACAGCACAUCACGGAUCAGGUACUGGGUUGGGUGGUGGCUGUCGAGUGCCCUGCCAAACUGUCCCGGUUUGUCGUGUGGUCUGCCAGCGCCGACGGUGCUGUGCGGUGCUGGUACCAAGACGAGUACGCAAGUAUGACAGCAGACGAGGUGCGCUUCAACGAUGGUUCGUGGUACGCCUCAGGCUCCACCCCAUACCGCGAGUUCCGUGCCGCUGUCGGGCAGCGCACGCAGCGGCUGAAGAAGCAGCUGGAAGCUAUCGAGCAUCGGGAUAACCAGGCCAUGGCGCUGCUGCGCCACUGCAGCACGGUUUUCGGCGGCGGUGGCGCGGGGGUAGAGACGCAGCUGCAGUCGCUGCGUGACCAACUCACUAAGGUAGAAGAACGGUGCCGCGUCGCAGAGGAGCGUGUGGCAGCAAAACGCCACACGGUAGCACAGAUGGAUCGAGAUAUUGCCUCGACACUGGCACUGCUGCAAAACGCGCGAUGUGAGAUAAAUCUGCUCCUUCCUGGGGAGGCGGAGCGGGUGCUGGCCAGCUUGCCAGCGCUGACCACAGAUGACCUCGUUGCCUACACACCAACGCCAGCGUUGGCGAUGCUCGACACGGCCUCUGCAGCACCGCCUAUCACCACAACCACCUCAGGUAGUAGCGCAACUGCUCCUCCGCCACCCUCCUCGUCACUGAUUCACCCGCUACCGCUUCCCACGGUGACAGUACCGGGAUCGGCAGCUGCAACAUCCGCGUCACCGCCGGCGCUGGCGGUCACAACGUCAACACUAGGCGUGGGCGGACCACUGACCUGCGCUCCACCAUCCCUCCCGCCGUCUGUGACCGUGAUACCGCUGCCGGGAAGCGGUGAAAACGCCGCGUCAGUGACUGGAGGCGCCCUUCCGCAGCCGCCAUCGUCCUCAUUGACCAUGGCUGCUGCGUCUGGGCUAGCAUCGACCGACGGUACAGCUCCAGCCGACGGCACUGCAGCUGCAGUUGCUGGUGCUGGUACGGCCCCUGGAGCGGCGGCUGCCACAGCCGAAAAGCGACCUGGCGCGGCCCCCCCUCCAGACGACGGCGUUACCUGGACAAACCCGAACGUUGGGAAUUACAUUCAGCGCCGCUACUACGGUGCCUCGCCGAGCCUGCGCACAACCGAUCUAAUGAAGCAGGAGCGGCGCCGCGGGCGCCUACCGCAGGUGAAGGUAGAGGCGCUGCAGAGAGGCCCCUCUCGCCCCCGCGUGCCGCCAACGGUGCGCGAGGCGAAAUCCCGCUCCGCCAGUGCCGAUGCGAAGUGGGCGACAACCACCACGGCAACGACAACAAGCGUGAUCAAGACGAGCUCAACAAAGGCUGCUGCAUGA